UCGUCGACUCUCCGUCUCCUUUUGACGGCGGCAGUAACAACGAAGCAGUGAUAACAUCUCUUGCCCCCUCUCUCUCUCUCUCUCUCUCGCCCUGUGUGAUUGGGCUAGAUCCCAAGUAUUCGAGUGUCGAUUCUCCUUCAAUUCUUUUCAUGUGAAUGUUCUCCUAAGCAACCCUUUGAUUCUUCUCCUUCUGUGUUUUGUGGGAACUAAUGGGGAAGAAAGCGAAGAAGAAGGCCCGAACUCCAACAAAGGAGAAUCUGACCACGACACUCUCCAAGGAUGUCUCUGACCAGCCUUGUGAAGCCGAGGAAGUAGCUGAGGGGGUUGCUAAAGCAGUGAAAGAGAAACAAGCUUGUGUGCAUUUCGAUAAGGGUCUUAAUUUGGAUAAAGUGUUGGACAAGAUUAAGUCUUCCCGGCAGAUUAAGUGUCAAGAAUGCAAGGAAGGGGUGCACGAUAAGAGAGGAGCUAAAGCCAAGGGUAAUAAGGGGAAACAUGCAUUUUCUUCUUCUGACCCAAAAUCUGACAAGAAAGCUAUUUGGGUUUGUUUGGAAUGUGGCUGUUUUGUUUGUGGAGGUGUUGGUUUGCCAACUGGAGCUCAGAGCCAUGUUAUAAGGCAUAUCAGGUUGACUCGUCAUCGUUUGGUGAUUCAAUGGGAAAAUCCUCUGUUAAGAUGGUGUUUCCCGUGCCAUUCACUUCUCCCUGUCGAAAAAGAAGACAACGGUGAGAAGAAAGAUGUGUUGUCAGAGGUUGUAAAAUUGAUCAAAGGACGAUCUUUGAACAAUUUACCUCCAUCUGAUACCGAGGAACAUAGCUCAGGAAGUGGCAGUAUCACUAGUGGUAUCAAAUUAGAGGGCGCUGUGACUAGUGGUAUUGAAGCAAGAGAUGGUUAUGUUGUGCGAGGUUUAGUUAACCUUGGGAACACAUGUUUCUUUAAUUCGAUAAUGCAGAAUCUUCUUUCUUUGGAUCAGUUACGUGUUCAUUUCUUCAAGGAGGAUGUCACUGGUGUCGGUGGCCCUCUUGCUUCUUCCCUGAAGAAAUUAUUUGCUGAAACAAAACCAGAGGCAGGCUUGAAGAGUGUGAUUAAUCCUAGAGCAUUUUUUGGGUCUUUCUGUACCAAGGCACCCCAGUUUAGGGGAUAUGACCAGCAUGACAGCCACGAGUUGCUACGCUGUUUGCUAGAUUCGUUGAGCACCGAAGAAUCGGCCUUGAGAAAGAAGCGUGGUAAUGAUGAGAAAUUAACUCUCAUAGAUUCUGUAUUUGGAGGGGAAACUUCAAGCAUUGUUUCUUGUAUGGAGUGCGGGCAUUCCUCAAAAGUCUUUGAACCGUUUUUGGAUCUCUCUCUACCUGUACCAUUCAAGAAAACCCCUCCUAAAAAGCAGCAAACAGUUUCUCGAGCAAAGAAAGCUAAGCUUCCACCUAAAAGAGCCCCUAAGAAUAUGUCAAAGGUAAGUAAAGUUUCAAAAGUCCUCCCAACUAAGGCGCUGUCGGAAUUGAAUUCUCUGGGGAAAGCUGUGGUUGUCACAGCUGAUUCGGACACAUCCUGUUCCAGUUUUGCACCCAUUGAUAAUGGUGCAGUUUCAGAGACUCCUUCGGUUAUAACCCUUGACAAUAAGCAGGCCUCAGAAAAAGCAACAGAAAGUGAUACUGUUUUUGAUAGCUUCUGGUUGGAUAUUAUUGGACCAGAAACCUCUGGAGAUGAGACGAAUUUGGAUAUGGUAGAUUAUGUUGGUGAUAACAUCCCAACAACUGAGGCUAAUCAAAAUGUCUCCUGUCCAAAUAUUCCUGCCAGUACCUCAGUUUCAUUGGGUGAGCAGACUGUGGAAGAUAACGCAGAGAUGCUGAUCCAAGAUAACGACGAAUCUGCAAAGGCAGAAGCAAGCUUGGAAGAAAAAGAUGUACAAGCUACGCAGUCUGAUGAAUGCACAGCUACAAGCGGUAUUUCUGCUGAAAUCAAUCAAGCUGGUUGCAUCGGUGGUGAUCCUGGUUUAGGGGAAAGUUCAUCUUCAGUGAAUCCUUGGGAUGAGGAAGAGCUUCCUUUGGUGGUUGCAGAUUCGCAAGUUCUGUACAUGCCGUACAAAGAAAACAUAUCCUAUGAUGAUAAAACAGUUGUGGAAGGUGAGGGUGAGGCUUCAUCGUCAUUCGUUACUGGUGAUCCUGAACCACAAAACAAUGAUUUUGUUGAUUUUGGCGGAUUAUUUGAUGAGCCCGAGACAGAAGGACCUGUUUUUGGACCUCCUUCAAAGGCUGAAGCUUCGGGAGUUGGUUUUAUGGCAUUCAGCAGCGAGUCUGAUCCUGAAGAAAUCGAUGAUUCGGACUCACCUGUGUCUGUUGAGAGGUGUUUGGCUCAUUUCACAAAGCCUGAGAUUUUGUCGGAUGACAAUGCCUGGAAUUGCGAGAACUGUUCAAAGAACCUGAAACUCCAACGGUUGAGAGAAAAGCAAAAAUCCAAAAAAGAUGAAUCGAGAUCAAGCAACACCAACAACGGAUGGGUGAGUGAAAAUGAAGAUGGUUUCUCUGAAGAAACCGUUGUUCAAGCUAUGAAGCAAGAUCCAAGUGAUAAUGAAGCUAUGGGUACUAACUCAGCAAAUGACAGUGAAUCUGGAGAUGAAGAAGCUGUAGAUGAUUCUGAGAAACUGGUGACUGUAAAGAGAGAUGCUACUAAAAGAGUACUUUUGAACAAAGCCCCACCUGUGUUAACCAUUCACCUAAAGCGAUUCAGCCAGGAUUUGCGUGGUAGGCUAAGUAAGUUAAAUGGUCAUGUUGCUUUCAAAGAAUUCAUCGAUCUUCGACAUUAUAUGGACUCAAGGUGUAACGGAGAAGACCCGCCCAUUUACAGGCUGGCUGGAUUGGUGGAGCAUUCAGGGACGAUGAGAGGAGGUCAUUAUGUGGCGUACGUAAGAGGAGGCCAGAAAGCUAAAGACACUGAUUCCUCCAGUGUGUGGUAUCACGUAAGCGAUUCACAUGUUCGUCAGGUUUCACUGGAAAAGGUUCUGCAUUCUGAAGCGUAUAUCUUGUUCUACGAACGGAUCUUCUCGCAAGACUAAAUUAUUUUUGUUAAUUUCCUUCCAUUAUACUGAAAAAGUUUAAGAAGAAAAACAGUUUUGAUCUUCUUCUCUCUACAGCUUUUUUGCUUUUUUGAUGAUCACAUUGGAUCAAAUACCAUUAAUUUUGUUGUUUAUUACUAUAUUUUAGAGUUACAAUAUAUGUAUUAUCAGAAACGUGU